UAUUUGGUCCUAGGUGCUCUGUUCCCUGCGAAUGUUGGUCUUUUGAUUCCGGCUACCUGCUUCUGUCCUCUGUGUGACUUUCUGUUUCUGAACCCAGCUUGUUCCCGACCUUGAGUUUGCCUCAUGAUUCUGCUUCUGUUAUCUGGUUCUGACCCGGCCUGUCUGACUACUUCCAGCUCCUUUCUUACCAGCUCCUUCCCAGAGUAUACACCCUUGCCUGUCUCUGUGGGAGUACUGGAUUCUCAUGCGGUAAGUCCUGAUGGCACCAAGUAGCUGAAGUCCAGGUCCAAAGCUGUUAUAGGCAGAAGAGCAAUCCUAGACUCCAGUCAUUCCCUUGGGGUUUGCCAUAUGUGACAGGGAUUGAAGUUUAUCAGAGCACAAGUCACAUGACUGAGGGCAGCUGGGAAACUAUUUACAGCGCAGAAUUUUGCUGGAGCAGCACUAUUAACCAAUGCGUUUUGAAAAAAACAUGAAAACAUGUUUUCCCUUUAAGAAUAGAUAUCAUUCUUGUGAAAUCACGAACCUUUCAAAAUACAGUAAAACUUAAUUUUUUAUGUUAUCAGGGGACCAGAAAAAUCGUGUAAAAUCCCAGAAAAUGUAAAUGAACUGUGCAUAAUAUAUAUGUGUGGGACCAACAGAAAAUAAAAAGUGGGACAACUUAAAACAGGUUUCACUGUAUUCAAAAUAUAUAAUAGGUCUAGGAACCUGGUCUGAUCACACUUCAAUAUCUCUUACCAUCAAGGGAAAAUGCUAAUUUAACAACCCAACUACCACUGUGUUUAAGCAACAAAUGGUCUAACAAAGAACCAAAAUAAAAUUGAAAUGCUCGUUAAAGUAAACUUCUGACAAAUGGGAAUGUUUACCAACAAGAUAAUAAUACAUAUAACAUGAGGUCAUUCAAUCUUUGAUGCACUCACAAAAUCACCAUCAAAGAACACCUUGUCAGCAUAGCAGCUUAUAGGACAAAAAUCUAAAAUCAGUGCGCAAAUUAAUGUCCAAUUUCCCUAAAUGUAUAGCUGCUAUAUAUGCAUCAAUAUUGGCUCACAGAUAGUGAUGGGUGACUUUGUCCCAUUCUGAUUCGCCAUGUAUUUCACGGAAAAUUCACGAAACAGUUCAAAAAUUUGAGAAACCCUGAUUUUGACGCCGGCGACAGUUCUCCAGCAUCAAAAUGGGCACCAGCGUCAAAGUUGACGCUCGCCCUUAAAGUCAACGGGUGUCUGAUAAUCAGUGCCCAUUGAAGAAAAAAAGCAGGAAAUUCGCCACGAUUUUGCGCCAGGAGAGUAAAUUCGCCCAUCACUACUCACAAACUCAAAGAUAUAGUGCCUGAUUUAAAGGUAAACUAUAUAAACAGGAACCCAAGAUCUCUCCUCAAGACCAUAACCUUUUCAGUGUACCAGAUAUUGUAAGUUACCUUUGGAAAGGCGAGAAUCCACAAACUCUCUGUACCAAAUAUUCAGGCUGACCUGCAACAGAAAUUGGAGGAGAAGGAGAAUUCCGUCGAACAUCUGGCAGGCUUUAAAGGACAUGUCAACCCCUCUAACAUAAAUUUUACCAGCGAAAAGCCUUUUAAAAUGUUGUACAUACCGACCACUGAAGUCCUUGACAAUGAAUCCGUGAAGCAGCAAUGUUGUUCUACUCUUCCGUCACUCGCAGCCUCUCUCCCCCCUCCCUUAGGAAUGCAUGCUGAAAUUUGGCUAGGCGCACAUGCGCAGUUCAGCAAAAAAAUUGAGCGCAUGCGCACAUUCUUGUGUUAAGUGUCGGCAAAAUAAUCAGAGUGACCUCUGAAGACACGCCUGUUUCUUCGUUGAGCCAAUAGUUAAAAUAGUCAUUUAUUGUUGCUAUGUGCGCUCUAUUCUGCCCUUUUUAACUCUCUGCUCCGCUGCUGCUAGCCCAUAUUUCAUCUGACUGCAGCUAGUAGAGUAAGGGAGCAGAGAGAUUAACCAUUGGACUGCACAAAUCAAAAAUGCCUAACUGUAUAGUGAGAAGUUGCCCUCACAAAACUGGAGAGAAAGAAAAAUCCGGAUGUAAGUCUUCACUCUUUUCCGAAGCACAUUGAUUUAAUCAAGAACUGGUUAGGACAGAUGGGCCAAUAUGCUGAUGUUGAUUCAGUUGCAGAACGAAUUUUCCAAGAAAAAAAAACUACAACCUAUCGUAUGUGUUCAAAACAUUUCACUGAGGAUUGCUUUAUGAGAAGUGGAAAUAAAAGAAUCCUAAAACCAAAUUCUAUACCGACACAGUUCAUACAACGCAAAGUAACUGCUGUGGUAACAGCAAAAGAAUCAGCACCUACUAUACCUCCUGGCAAAAGAAGAAGAGUCGAUGAAGAUGAAACAAUACCAAGUACAUCAUCUACUGUAGUUCGAAUUAUAUCCCGAUCAGUGACAGUGGCAACUCAAACAGAAGUAAAAUUUUUCCAAAACUUCGGCACAUCAAUCGACAGUACAUAUUUUUCAAAAGAAGUAGCAAGUGGACCAGACACUGUAUUAAUUACAAAAGAGAUUGCUAUCCAGACUGGAGAUGAUUCCGUCGAAGCUGAGCAAUGGAGGAUAGAGAAAGAUCAUUUAUAUCCAGUUGCAUUUUCAACACCGAUCAGACCUCCAGUUCAUGCAAUCACAGAAACACCUAAUUCUCCUGAUUCGGAAAAGUCAAUAAGUCCUGGUGAUUCCAAUAAUGGAUGCCAUCCAUUAUCUGAUGAAGAAAGUGUCCAAAAAGCACCUUUGGAUUCCACUUAUGAACCAUCUGAAAGCACAAGCAUGCAAGAAAAUGUCAGUGCAACUGGUGAUGAAUCAACUAUUACUGAAAAAGUGGAAGCCAUUCAUAUGAGGAAAUUUUUAAUAUUUGAAGAACAGUUAGACAAUUUACUUUAUUUGUGUAAAUGUCAACAUUCAGGUACAACAACUUGUCACUCACCAAUCAUAGACAUUACCAAAAAAAUAGAUGGUACUUUACUUGAAGUACACCUCACAUGUCUAGAUGGACACAAGUCGCUAAUUUGGAAGUCACAACCAUUGUCUGGCCAGAUUUCACUAGGAAAUGUUUCUGUCGCUAAUGCUAUAAUUUUAACAGGAUCAUCAUUCACUAAAAUUAAAGAAUUUUUUGCUCUACUUUCAAUUCCAUUUUUUUCAGCAACCACCUACUACAAAUACCAAACUCAAUAUGUUUUCCCGGCUAUAGAAUUGGCAUGGCAGAAAGAGCAGGAAUCUUUAUAUAAUGAGAUCUCGGAUGAUGCAGUAGUGCUUGCUGGUGACGGACAGUUUGAUAGUCCAGGCUAUAGUGCAAAGUUCUGCACAUAUACGAUGAUGGACCUAUUAUCCAAAAUUUUUUUAGAUUUUACAGUUGAUCAGGUGAUCCCCAAAAAAUCAUCCGGUCAGAUGGAAACAUUAGCUUUUGAAACUUGUCUACGUGGAAUUCUAAACAAGGGAAUAGAUGUGAAAAUUGUCGCCACAGAUCGUCAUCCUGGUAUACGAAACUUGAUUUUAAAAGAAUUCGAAAACAUUGAUCACCAAUUUGAUGUCUGGCAUCUUUGUAAAAAUAUUGCCAAAAAAUUGUCAGCUGCCAGUAAAAAGAAAAAUGGAAGGGACAUUGCAUCAUGGAUUGGUGCAAUAACCAAUCAUCUGUGGUGGUGCGCUCAAACAUGCGACCAGAAUGAUGAUAUUUUAGUCGACAAAUGGAAGUCUUUGUUAUAUCACAUUGCCGACAAGCACUCUUUUCGUAGUCUAAAACACUUCAAAAAAUGUCAACACAAAAAAAUGUCUAUCGCAGAAAGAAAAAAUGGAUCACUGCCACACACCCAGCCCAUACUGUACUGGCUAAAAUAAUUUAACGAUCCCAGACUGAUCAAAGAUAUAAGGCAUAUAGAAAAAUUUUGCCAUACUGGGGACGUGGAAAAUUUUCAUAGCAAAGUAUUGAAAUACCGACCAAAAAGAAUAUCUUUCAGAAUGGAUUCCAUGCAUGCACGCACAAUGCUUGCAAUUUUGUCGCACAACAAAAAUGUUGGAAGAGCACAGGCAACAAUCAAAGAUCCUAAAAAAAGUCUCCUCAACAUUGGACAAAAAAGAUUUAAAAUUGUGUACCUGAAACAGAAGAAAGACUGGGUGGCGAAACCAAUUUAUGACAAAGUCUCUGAUGAUCAUUUAUUUGAAAUAAUGUCUGACUCUGCCAAGAUUGUGGAAGGGGUGCUGGUCCAUCGCUGGAAGUCACGAAGUUCGCAAUACCCUGCAAAUAUUGCAUCGGCAGAAAGGCCAGAGAAAAGUGCAGUAAUCCAGAAACACUUGUCAAGAUUUUGUUGACAAGUAUUUUUAAUAUAUCUUAAAAAAUGUUGUAUUUUACUUAAGUAAAUAGAAUUCUUAAAUAUCUAACUUGAAUGUCUAACUCAAAAAUAAAAAAAAGACUUUUUUUUAACAUUAACAGUUUAUUUAACCAAAAAUUACAUUAUUUUUAAUGUAAUAUCACAAAACUUUUUUAAUUAAACAUUUAACUAGAAAAUAAAGGCAAUAAAGAUUUAAAUAUAAAUAAAUAAGUUAACAUAUAUAUUAAAGGAUUGAUACUACUCGAAUAUCAUCUGUUCUGCGGCAUAAUCGCAAACCCGUAAGAAGCCAACAUAUUUCCCCUUUGGAUCCGGGAAUGCCAACCGUAUUGCUCUCACUGCACAUGAAGGUAUUGGUUUCCGCACACCAGUGCCCAGAUAGCCGUAGACCCAUGCUGUGAAACAUUUGUAGGACGCCUUGCGUAGGCGUCUUUAAAAAAAGGGGAAAAAUUUUAAUAUCAUGUAAUACUUUGGUGAGCAGACAAGAUAUAAACAUUUUACCUUAGAUAUUGUGCUUGUUUCGGUUGUUUUGUCAAAUUAGAUUCCAGCAUCUUAAAGUUCAAAUCCACCUGCUCUAUGUUGGUAAAAUGUGUCUCAAACUGUUGAGACUGUGUUAUGCAAUGGCUUCCUUCGGGAAUUUUAACCUCUAUUGCAGGCUCUUCUGUGCAACAUACACACUCUAGUGCAGUUGGCAUUGGAACGCAGUUUCCACAUUUACACCAUUUGGUGUUUCCAAUUCUUUCCUGAGUGUUGAAAGUUUCGUUACUUUCGUUGCUGCUGUCAUCGGUCCCUGGUGAACCUUGACCACUUGGUUCCGAAACAACUUGAACCGGAAUUGUAUCUUUUUUUUUCAGUCAAUUCAGGAUUGUACGGAAAGCUUUCUACUGUUUUUUUAACCUCUGGUCUCCUUCGCAUUUUUAACAGAAGUUCUUGAAACUAAGGAUAUAGUAAUAUUUAGAAUUAGAAAACAGUUUAUAAAAUUACGUAGAAAAAAAAAAAUUACCUUUUAAUCAGCGGCUCUGGAGGUUGAAGGAACAGCUUCUUCAUCAGAUGAUUAUUAUUAAGUUCUUGUAAUGUAUUCUACAAUACAGGGCCAACAUUAUGUGGACCGUCAUUACAAUAUCUUUGUGUACCAAUGUGCCACAUCCACCUCAGCCACCAAUUAUAAAGAAAAAAAUUCUGCCCAUUCCACACCACAGUUAAAAAUACCACACAGACAUCAGCGCGAAAUACUGUAAACAACGCCAAAUGCAAGUUAACAUUGAUGGUCAGUGUCUAAUUAUAAUUUAAAUAACAUUAUUAUGCCCGGUCCCCCAUACAGUUUUAUUUAUGCUGCCCUACAGGAAACUUUCCCCACUUUAGGACUAUAACUUUGGGUAUAUUCUUUGCUUCGGGUUUUUCUUCAACCUCAGGACUUCAUAUUUGCGUAAGUUGGGGACUUCAGAACAAUCAGAAAAUCUUCUAUGCAAUAAUUAGAUGCCUUACGUUAACACUUAAGAAAUGAAUUGUGCACUUAAAAAUUUUUACAUACACAGACACACAGACCGACACACACACUCAUACACACACAGACACACUC